AACAAACCGAAGUAAACCAAAAAAGGUUAACCAUUAGUUACGUAAUCCCUAAAUAUGAAGAGAAUAAACAUGAUUAGCGACAUAGCAUUUUCAGAGAGGGGUCCACGGCUAAGUGGUGGGAUUGCGUACUGUCGCUUUCCGGCGAAUUUGGUUCUAUUCAGACAUCUGACAUUUCCUUUUUUCCUUUCACUUUCUUUUAUUGUUUAGUUUACGUUUCUUUAUUGCACUUUCUAUAUUCUCUCUAUAUCUUCUUCUGUAACAACUUCAGUGCCGUGGGUUUCAAGGCUUUUGCCCAAAUAUGGGUUGCAUCUUUUCUUCUCGGAAAAAGAAACCGGCAACAAAAGGGUUGGCGGAAAGCCGUCCUCGCUUCCAUACUCUUCCAUCAGAAAGAAGAAUGGCUGAUGAUGAUGGUCAUCAUCAAACCCCAAAGGUUUCAGAAUUGUUGAAGAUGAGUGAUAUUUGUCCCAAGGAACUGAAGAGAGAAGAAAGCGUUCUUGUUGUUAAUGUUCAUCCUCGUACAUCGGAAUUAGCUGCCUCCGGUUGGCCAUCUUGGCUUAUCUCCGUAGCUGAUGAAGCUCUUGUCGGUUGGAUCCCUGGCCGUGAAUCUAACUUCGAGAAGCAAGAACAAGUCUCUCUUUCUCUUUCUCUUUCUUUUUCUCUGUCGUUACCUUUCUUUGUUGAUUCCCAUUUGAUAGAAAAGACAUAUUCUCUGUAUUUGCAACAGAUUGGGGGAGGAACAUUCAGUAAGGUGUUUAAAGCUAGAGAUCUUAUUCGUAACAAGACCGUAGCUUUGAAGAGAAUCCGGUUUGAUCUCAACGACUCAGAAAGCAUCAGGUGUAUAGCCAGAGAGAUCAUAAUCCUGCGCAAGUUAGAUCAUCCCAACGUCAUCAAACUGGAAGGCUUAAUGCUUGUAGACCACGAUUCCUCUACCCUCUACCUGAUCUUUGAGUACAUGAAACAUGACCUCUUGGGACUCUCUUCAUUACUCGGUAACCAAUUCUCAGAACCUCAGGUUAAAUGCUAUAUGAGGCAGCUCUUAAGAGGGCUUGAUCAUUGUCACACUAAUCAUGUACUCCAUCGGGAUAUAAAAAGCUCAAACCUUCUGAUCAACUCUAAUGGAGUCCUUAAGAUUGCAGAUUUUGGGUUAGCUACGUUCUUCGAUCCUCAUAACAGUGUUCCCUUGACGACGCAUGUAGCAACUUUAUGGUAUCGACCUCCUGAGCUUUUGCUUGGAGCCUCUCAUUACAGUGUUGGGAUCGACUUGUGGAGCACAGGCUGCGUCAUAGGUGAAUUAUAUGCUGGAAAGCCUAUACUUCCUGGAAAAAACGAGACAGAUCAACUGCACAAGAUAUUCAAGUUGUGUGGAUCGCCUUCAGAUGAUUACUGGACAAAACUAAAGCUACAACUGUCAGCUCCAUUGAGACCCAUGUUUCCAUAUGGAUCACAUAUAGCAGAGACAUUCAGAGAUUUUCCAACUUGUGUUAUUUCGCUUCUAGAGACUUUGCUCUCAAUAGAUCCAGAUUUUCGAGGCACUGCAACUAGUGCACUCAAGAGCAAGUACUUUAAAACUGAGCCAUUGCCUUGUGAUCCAUCUUGUCUACCAAAAUACCCUCCCAGUAAGGAAAUCAACAUUCAAAUGCGCGACAAAACUAGAAAACAAGCUUCACAAGUUAGAAGAACAGACGAAUCACAAACUGUCCAGCCAAUACUUACAGAUUCUUCUCUCACAAAACCUGUGCAGAGAAAGUGCUCAGAUUUCACGAGCAGAGACAAUUCAUUUACAAAGUCUUCCGAGGAAGAAGAGACUUCCAGACAAGUGCAAACAUCCACGGACAUGAUAACUGAGGAUGAAACUAUAGCACAAGUCUCUUACACCGACCCAUCUAGAGAAGACCAGAAUCUAGGUGGAUCAAUGAAUAUGGAGGAACACAUACCUUUGCCAAUGAGUCCGUUUAGAGUUAACCCAACACCAACCCUGCCUAGCCUUUAUGAGAAUGGGACAUCUUCAUCUGGAGGAGUAGGCAUAAGACCCACUCUGAUUGAGACUUAUACUGUCAUUUAGAUUAAAAUGGAGAAACAAAGAGAU